AUGAAAAUGGCCCCCUCCUUAGUGAGAUUAUAUGAGCAAAUGCCCGAUCCAAAAUAUGUUAUUGCUAUGGGGGCCUGUACAAUUACAGGAGGGAUGUUCAGUACCGAUUCUUAUAGUACUGUUCGGGGAGUCGAUAAGCUAAUUCCUGUGGAUAUCUAUUUGCCGGGUUGUCCCCCUAAACCAGAAGCAGUUAUAGAUGCUAUAACGAAACUUCGGAAGAAAAUGUCUCGAGAAAUCUAUGACAAUCAAAUUAGGCCUCAACAAGUAAAUCGGUGUUUUACGACCAAUCACAAGUUUCAUGGUGCACGCAGUAUGAAUACUGGAAAUUAUGAUCAAGGCUUCCUCUAUCAACCCCCAUCUACUUCAGAGAUCCCUACUGAAAUCUUUUUCAAAUAUAAAAGUUCAGUAUCUUCUCACGAAUUUGUGAAUUAG